GCGGCAGCGCGCACCGGACCAGCCGCGACCGAGCGAGCGAGCACGUCGUCUGCGUCCAGCCGGGGCUCGCUUGCCUCUACCGACCCGCACGCCGGUGGUUGGGCCCAGCGCUGUCCGGCGACCGCGUCGUCGUCCUCCUCGCUACCGGCUCGCUACCGGCAGCGGCAACCAAACCCCACUUGCCACUUGUGCCUGCCAGUGCCAGCCGCGGCGCAUGCCUCGCUGUUACGUGUGCAUAUAUAGCCCGGGACCCGGCUCGGAAUCGUGUACCAGCAGCUCGAGGCGCGAGUCAGAGACCAGCAGGCAGCUGCCACAGCCACUAGAGCCUCGAGAGCAGAGGAGCGCGGCGCUUGGAGCGGGAUGGCGAGAAUGGCGCUGGCGGCGGCGCUGGUGGUGGUGGCGGUGGCCGGCGUCCUCGCCGGCGGCGCGCGGGCGCAGCUGGUUGAGGGGUUCUACGCGCAAAGCUGCCCGCAGGCGGAGAAGAUCAUCAAGGAGUACGUGGCAGAGCACGUCCCCCGCGUGCCCACCAUCGCCGCCACCCUCCUCCGCACCCACUUCCACGACUGCUUCGUCAGGGGCUGCGACGCGUCGCUGCUGCUCAACGCGACGGGCGGGAAGGAGGCGGAGAAGGACGCGGCGCCCAACAAGACGCUGCGCGGCUUCGGCUUCAUCGACCGCAUCAAGGAGAUCCUCGAGAAGGAGUGCCCCGGCGUCGUCUCCUGCGCCGACGUCCUCGCGCUCGCCGCCCGCGACUCCGUCGUCGUCACUGGCGGGCCGUCCUGGAGCGUGCCGACGGGGCGGCGCGACGGCACGGUGUCCCUCAAGCAGGAGGCGCUGGACAAUAUCCCCGCGCCCACCAUGAACUUCACCGAGCUCCUCCAGAACUUCCAGAACAAGAGCCUCAACCUCGCCGACCUCGUCUGGCUCUCAGGGGCUCACACCAUCGGCAUCGGGCACUGCAACACCUUCAGCGAGCGCCUCUACAACUUCACCGGCCGCGGCGGCCCCAGCGACGCCGACCCGUCGCUGGACCCGGCGUACGCGGACAACCUGCGGCGGACCAAGUGCAAGACGCUGACGGACAACACCACCAUCGUCGAGAUGGACCCGGGCAGCUUCCGGACCUUCGACCUGAGCUACUACCGGGGCGUGCUCAAGCACCGGGGCCUGUUCCAGUCGGACGCGGCGCUGCUCAACGACGCCACGGCCAAGGCCGACAUCCUCUUCGUGGUGAACUCGCCGCCCGAGGUGUUCUUCCAGGUGUUCGCGGCGUCCAUGGUGAAGCUGGGCGCCGUCGAGGUCAAGACAGGCUCCGAGGGCGAGAUCAGGAAGCACUGCGCCGUCGUCAACAAGCACUAGGCGCCAUUGGGGGACCCGGACAAACGGUUCCAUUUCUUCAGAGAUCCUUGGGACACUGGUGGUGGAUACCUGGAUUGUGGUGUCUCUACGUUCGUUUUUUUUCUUGGUUGUUGUAUUCUUUUGUUACCUUUGUGCUGAUCAUUGGGGUGAUCUUUUUUUGGUUUCUCUGUAACUAUGUGAUUUACGCAUUUUGUUCUUAUUAUUCCUGCAACUGUAAGUUAAUUCAGUGAUCGAUGAUUGAUAUACAUGAAGGUGAAAUAAAAAGGUGGGUCAUUCUGUCA